AUGGCCUACGUCGGGAACUUUCAGCCGCUGGCGGUGGGCGGGCCUUACAUGCCCAGCCCGGAGGAGCUGCACCACGCGGCUCAGGCCCCCAUGGCGGCGGCACCGGCGCCAGCCAUCGCACCCGCCCAGGCGCAUCCCGCCCUCCCGCCCGCCCCCGUCUUCGCGCCUCCCCCCGGCCCCUUCCUGGCGCAGGGCAACCGAGUGGUUCUCGGUGACCUGCCCCUGAACGCCGGCCCCCAGGGCAAUCCCAGCCAGGGCACCUGCCCCGGCUGGGAGAACCAGGGCUUCAACUGGCACAACACCAGCUGGGGCAGCACCAGCUGGGGCGGGUGA